AGACAAAUAAAUCUCUGGUCUACUCUAUGGUGGGUUCUGACUGAAAAUCUGAAAAACUGAGAUUGUUCUCGAUUCCGAAUUCAUUACUUUUCGGCAAUAGCUGAUUAUAGAAAAAUCAGUAUAAUGCUACAGAAAAUUCGCCGGUAGUUAUUUCGUGUCGACAAUAAAUUCCGCAAUAAACACAAUUUUAUCUCCAAUGCUUUCACAAUACUAUUUGUAUAGGUUACUUUAUAAAUAGUUAAUUCAUUUAAUUUGCCUUUGUGAAAUCCGAAGAAUAAAUAUGUUUUGUUGGGGUAAUGCGACUCAUCAUGAGUUGUAUAUAAAUGGUGCAGAUAUAAAAGAUUUGGUUAUAAAACCGACGUUAUCAAAAUGGAAGGAAAGCAAUCAUUUACAAGUUGUAGCUGCUGGAGAAUUCCAUAGUCUCUAUCUCACAAACAAUGGUCAUUUGUAUUCCUGUGGAAGCAAUGAUGUAGGGCAACUUGGACGUCACACACAAAACAGUGAUGGAGAAACCCCAGAUUUGGUGGAAACAUUCAAAGGAUGCACAAUAUCAACAGUAGCAUGUGGCAUUCAGCACUCGAUGGCCCUAGAUGAAUGGGGCCAACCAUUUAGUUGGGGCUCGGACAGUAUGGGACAACUGGGGAGCAAUCUUGGUGCUCAUGCUCAAGACAAACCCAAAAUUAUUAAGUUUCUUGCAGCGAAAAGUGUCAUACAGAUUGCUUGUGGAUCAUAUCACUCGAUUGCUCUAACAAAUAAUGGCGAUCUAUAUUCAUGGGGUGCGAAUAGUUAUGGACAAUGUGGCUUGGGAAAUAUGACAAACAAAGAAACCACACCGCAGCAGAUUACAUCACUGUUUGGUGUCCCUAUAGCACUGGUGGCUUGCGGCAGUAACCACACAUUUGUUUUAUCUAAAUCAGGUGCGGUAUUUGGUUGGGGUAAAAAUAGCAACGGACAAUUAGGUCUGCAAGAUAGAGAAAAUAGAUAUUAUCCUACACAUUUGAAAACAUUGAGAAACGUUAAGGUGUGUCAUAUAUCGUGUGGUGAAGAUUUCACAGCAUUCCUGACGUUAGAUGGAGGCGUGUUCACGUGCGGCUCCGGAGAGUACGGUCAGACUGGACACGGGACAACUAGAGAUGAAUUAGUUCCAAAGAAGGUGAUGGAGCUGAUGGGCAGCACGGUGCGGCAGGUGGCGAGCGGGCGGCGGCACCUGCUGUGCGUGGUGGGCGAGCGCGUGCUGGCGUGCGGGUACGGCGCGCGCGGCCAGCUCGGUUGCCCGCACAUCUCCUUCGCACUAGUACCCACGCCCGUGCCCUUCACGCCCAAUGAUGACUCCCCGACUGAUAAUAUUGGACAAAGUAAGCCGAGGAAGAAAUCCAAGGUGGACAAGGCUAGGAGUUCUAGCAAAGGCAGCGGGCGGUUCUCUAAACUUGACUUUAUAUCGGAUAUAUUCAGCGGUCCAAUAAAAGUGUUUGCUGGCGGCGACCACAGUUUCCUUAUAAUGAGCAACGAUAAAACUCUAUCCGACUUUAGAAUACCUGACGCUAAGAAACAGAUCCUAACACUGACACUGCCGAGGCUGGCUGCUUGUGAAAUGUUCAAAGAUGACGACACUGUUAAUCAAGAUUUGAUGGCGUAUUUAGAGACGGUGUUCGGGUCGCCGGCGUGUAUGAACGCGUCGUUCCUGCAGACGGGCGGCGCGCACUUCGGCUGCGGCACGAAGCUGCCCGGCGUCGACUUGAAGCGUGCGGAGGAGGCGUUCACACUUAUAAGCAGAUUUGAAAACACAUCUAUUAAAAAUCUUAUUUUUACUCACUUAACAGAGAAUAUAAUAAAGAAAAUGAAGGCAUCUCCUCCGGAUGCGGAAGUACUGCGAGUGUUCUUAAUAUUACCUUUAUACCAUGAGAUGAGGAACCCACGUCGCCAUCCUGAAUUACAGGGUCCAUUUGCAGAAGCGUUCAACAAAUUAGCGACCUAUCCACAAAAGAUUGUUCAAAUGUGGUGGGAGGCACAGAACACUGAUUACUUUGAAAUGCUUGUGGAUAUAUUUAAAAGUGUUAUUGUAUACGAAUUACAUACAGUCGUGCGGACAAAUAAGAGGUUAUCCUUCACACACAGUAUAGUGCAGAUCUUGAAUGCAUUAUCGUUUUUGAACAAAAUUAAUUUCGCAAAUCCGAAGAAACCUAAAAUUCCAGCGGAAUGUUUUUAUAUAGAAGAUCUGUGCGACCAUGUGGAUAUUGCGACGGACUACAUACAUUGGCUGGCUGACCAGGACUCAUCACAACCGCAUAUGUGCAACUACGCGUUCCUAUUCGACGUGCAGUGCAAGUCGUUGCUGCUGAAGAUCGACCAGCAAGUGCAGAUGCAGAUGGCCAUCAGCCGCGCGGCCACGCAGAUCCUGACCCGGCUGUUCUUCGACCCCACCUUCGAGUACCAGAGGAACCAGUUUCUUAACCUCACGGUUUCCAGGAACCACCUGGUGCGGGACACGAUGAUGCAGAUCAGCAGCCAUGAUACCUCACAGCUCAAGAAACCGCUUAGAGUAGAGUUCGUGGGCGAGGAGGCGGAGGACGCGGGCGGCGUGCGCAAGGAGUUCUUCAUGCUGCUGCUGAAGGAGAUCUUCGACCCCGUGUACGGCAUGUUCAAGCAGUCCGAGGAGACCAACAUGAUCUGGUUCUCCAACAACCCCUUCGAAGAUGACGUCAUGUACUACUUGAUUGGUGCAAUAUAUGGUCUAGCUAUAUAUAAUUCUAUAAUUAUAUAUGUUCCGUUUCCGUUGGUGUUGUACAAGAAACUGCUCGGGGAGUCUGUUAUGUUGGACGAUCUGUCAGAUUUGUAUCCAACGUUGGCCAACAGUCUGAAGAGUUUGUUGGAAUAUCCCGAUGAAGAUGUUGAGGAGGUGUUUAGUUUGUGUUUCGCGGUGAACACGGUAGUGUUCGACGAGAUCCAGGUGCACACGCUGAAGGAGGACGGCGAGAACAUCCCCGUGACGCACCUCAACAAGCAGGAGUACGUGGAGCUGUACGUGGACUUCCUGCUCAACAAGUCCGUGCUCAACCAGUUCAAGGCCUUCGAUCAGGGAUUCCAGAAGGUGUGCGGAGGCAGGAUAAUAAAGUUGUUCAGGUCUUACGAGCUGAUGUCUGUGGUGAUCGGCAACGAGGAGUACGACUGGGAGAUGUUUGAGAACAAUUGCGAAUAUAAAAAUGGUUACACUUCUACCGACCCACAGAUCAGAUGGUUCUGGGAGGUGUUCCAUGAGCUGUCUCUGGAGGACAAGAAGAAAUUCCUUCUGUUCCUGACAGGCAGCGACCGCGUCCCCAUACAGGGAAUGAGAGAUAUUAAAAUAAGGAUCCAGCCAGUGGCGGACGAGCGGUUCUACCCGGUGGCGCACACCUGCUUCAACCUGCUGGACCUGCCGCGCUACAACACCAAGGAGCGCCUCAAGUACUACCUGCUGCAGGCCAUCCAGCAGACGCAGGGCUUCUCCCUCGUCUGAACGCUACGAUAACGGAUCUAGUUAUUCUAUUAUCUUAUUACACGCAUUGAAUCAAAAAUACAAGUUUACAUGUUGAA